AUGGCCCAAUCCAACUCAUCAGUACACAGCCCUGAAAAGACCAAGCAGAAAUUGACUGAGGAAGAGCUGGUGGUCUUACAAUCUCACCUAGAAGAAUGGAAGGAAGCAACCGGUAAGGAUAGGAAAACGAUUCUGAGGGCGGUCAUAAAAGAGGCCAAGAUGCAAGCCCCUAAGAUGGAUGCCCGGCUUUUGAAGAAAAGGAAAUCUAUGUACCGGGACUGGUUAUAUAACUGGAGAGCUGAAAAGACCGUCAAAAAACAAAGCAAGUUCGGUAAGAAAUGGACUGCCCGGUUGGUGAUAGAACACCAGUGCAAGAAGAAGAUCCUUGAAAAGACUGGAGCAAGGCCAGGAGGGAAGGAAAUGAUUAAAAACUACCAGGGUGCGGUCAAUGCAAUUAUGGGCGGUUUAUCUGAAGAGCAGCUGGAGGAAGCAAAUAAGACGGCGAUAGAAUGGUCUAGCAAGGCUCCUCCUACAGAUGUCCAAGUUGAGUUCGCUCAGAAGAAAGCUCUUGGUAUGAUGAAGGAUCUUGCAACUCAGUUAUGGAGGCAGGCUGGUAUGAGGAUAUUCAUAUUAUGGCCUGAUCCGGUCAUAAGAAUUGACUUCAAUGAAAAGUUGGAGGGCAGUAGUUUCACAGAUACAAAAGACUGGAAGGCCAUGUUACCGGAGUGGAAUGCCUAUGUUGGAGAAGAGUUCGGUGAGGUUCUUUUUUGUGUAAUGUUGAUUGAUCCGGUCAAGUACUUACACCAUGUCGUAAUACCAGCAGUUGACCGGAAUGAUGAUGAGGAUGGCAAUGAGGACGGGGAGGGAAAGGCAAGCAGAAACCAAAGGAGAAAGAAGGAGGAAUUUGCUUUGGAGGUGGAUACCUAUGGGCUUCCGGUCAUACUGGAUAUUAAGCCACUUAACCUAGAGGACAAAAAGCUUCUUAUCCGGACAUUCCUCACAAAACACUACAGGUUUUGCAGUCAAAAGCCAAAGGCGUCUGUUCCUUGGUCUGCAGUGAUGGAGGCUCAGGAAGAUUUUAUCGAGGCCAAAUUUUUACCUACCGGCGGGAAAAUCAAGGACCCGUCGAAGCUUCUGUUCCAUGAAGCCGACCAGCUCUUAGAGUUCUGGCAUCAGCGACAAAAGGACAAGGUUCAGCCAACAUUUGAAUUCAAAGGCUGGCAAGACCAUGACAAGGAGAUGAGAGAACCAAUGGACAAGAUCACAGGGUACGACUCUAGCACUAUAUGUAGUCUAGUGACAGCAAGGACCAGAGUCCCGGUUAAGAAGCCAACCGGAAAGUCAUUCGGGAAGCCAACCGGAAGGGUGGAACAGGAGUCGAGUGAUGAGGAUGAGGAUAAGGAUGAAGACGAUGAAGUCCAAUCACCGCCUUCCAAGCUGAAAUCAACCGGAAAGCAGGGAAGAGCUGUCCGAUCUGUUCCUGUUAAACAACCUUCUGCCAAGUCAACCGGAAAGUCAUCUGGGAAGCCAACUGGACAGGUGGAACAGGAGUCGAGUAGUGAGGAUGAGGAUAAGGAUGAAGAUGAUGAAGUCCAAUCACUGGCAUCCAAGCUGAAAUCGACCGGAAAGCGGGGCAGAGCUGUCCGAUCUCAAUCAGAGGAAGAUUCCUGCCCACCGGUCAAGAGAUCUAAAACAAAUGCAACUAGGAGCAACAGACCACUGGGGGACAACACUGGCACUCCUUUAGUAGAAUCAUCCAGUAACCAUCCUACAGCACGACUACCUUCAAACAAUACCUGCAGAAGUCACUUAGUCGGUCCUGCAUCAGCUGUCUGGUUGAAGGAGAUGAGUCAGAAGAUACCUGCACCCAAACUAACCGCUCCGUCCACCACACAGGCCACUGACAAGAAAACCAAAAGACAUGGAGCUCAAGUUGACAAUACGGAGCCGAAGCGGUCUACUAGAACUGCAAAGGUGUCUUAUAAAGUGAAUUACAUGCAAAGGGUGUAA